AUGAAUGAUGACGAAGCCACCACAACGGAAAAUAGCAAGGCGUCCCAAAAGUUGCCUGAAACCUCCAAGAGAAGCGCGGCCAGGUCCAUCGAGGCAAGCAAGUCUGGAAAAGCGACCAAGACACGUACUCCUGGAAAGUCUGUACAAUCGGGAAGCCUAGAGAAGCCUAGAAAUCCCCGGCGAAUGCGUAGACGAAAAGACGUGACGCCAGAAUCGGACGAUUCUUCUUCAUCAGGUGAAAGUGAAGAUGGCGAUUCCCUGGAUUCAGAUCAGUCGUCGACUAUGUCAUCAUCGGAAAACGAGCCAAGCCGUCGCAGGCACCAACAUCGACGAUCUCGGAAGUCGCACUCUUUUUCCCGCCGCGUUUCCCACCGUUCUCGGACUGCUAGCAGAGGUGAAAGGGCGCAGCCCAUUGGUGCCAACAACUUGCAAUCUGAGACAGAAAAUGAUCUGGUGCCGGCGAGAGAAGCCGUGUUCACAACCUCCCGGGACUACGUGAGCUGGAACGAUGCCUCCUCCCAGCGAGAUUUGGGAGAGGCCAUUGCGCAAUUAGAGUCUCGUUGUGCUCAACUCCAGUUCCAGAUGGAAAAGCUCAACGGCAACAGCAACGCAGUUCAGGGGACGACCAAGCCACUGGGAUCCCAAUUCUCGUUUCAACAUCCUUCAUCAUCACAGCCCUUGGGCGUUGCACAACCUCACAACAGUCUAGUUGGUUUCAAUUCGUGCUCAAGUCACAGACCUACUUCGACGACCCUCGCCGCUCCUCGAAGGAGGCCGCCCCUACGUGAGUCUCGCUGCUGCAAUCCGGGCAUGCCGGUCCAUUCUCAUGUCGUGAUGCCGAAGAAUGCUUCUCGUUCUAGAUCGAGGUCCAGACGAAAGCGGAAAAUCGACUACAAACGGGUGGACUCGGUAUGGGACAGUAACUUGUUUGCAUUUAAACUUCAAGACACAGCCGAACUGUCCAUCAACUCCAAGUAUGACAAAUAUACAUUCCACGUCAGAAGAACAUUCGACAGCGAAGGGAAGCACCGAGCCACAGUCGUCGAUAUCAAGACCAAACUUCUUCGAGAAUGCUUGCAAGACGUCAUGGGCAACGUACGAGGUGUAAGCCUUGUCGAUGAAACACCAAAACUGGAUCCAAACCUGCUCUUCUUAAAUGUAAUUGAGCCUAACCCGGAGGUCAGGUAUUUAGAAGAUUUUCGCUCGCACUUGAGGAAACUGGAACAGGUCGAGCCAGCGGGUCGGCGACGGCGCGAACGAAAGAAGAACCAACAGCGACUAGACAACAAGCGCGCGCAUCUCAAACUCCUUAUUAAAUAUUUGGAUAAGGAUUACGCCAAAGUCAAGGAGAGUCUAUAUCCUAUGCUAGACAGUGGAAUCAUCACUUUUGAUUAUCUCUGGGCGUUGUGGAAGCCAGGGACACUUGUGUACUCUUCGACCUACGGUUUCACGGAUGAUCCUCGAGUCUUCAAAGUGGACCUGGCCGUGCGGCAGUCGUCGUUACUGCGAGGCGAAUCUUACUCUGUUGAUGGAAAAUAUCUCGAAUUUGACGGGAAAAAAUUCGGGCAUGGCACAUUGUCAGAGGAGAUUGCAGAAUUCCAGGGCACUCGCAAAAUAACAAGCCUCCCGUUCUAUCCGCUAUCUUAUCACAAAGAUGAGGAUGGGAUACGCCGAACGCUGGUCGAACGUGGGAAAAAGUUUGUGACUCUUCAUGGAGCACACUACAAGGCUUACAACGGAAUUGCAUACAACAAGCGCAAGAAGGGCUCCGUCGUCAAGUUUCACAUUCAACAAAGUCGGAUAAUGAUUGACCCUGCCAUAUUCCGGCGCAUCAAUCCAAACUACUGCCUAUCCAAUGUGCGACCCAGGGAUUUUGAUGCUCUCUCCGAUUUGGGAUUAUCAGACGCCGACGACGACUCAUAUGAAGGCUUUUCUUCUGACAACCUGCGGGGACAUGGCGGACCGAGGGUGGUUAGCAAUGCAACAAAAGACUCGGGCUGCAAUGUACCGGUAACAAAAGCUUUGCGGACGGAUUUGGAGGCAAGGUCAAAGGCAUCCCAGCCGCAAUUGUCGUCAAUGACCAGCAGCAAGAUGGUUGAACGAACAUCAAGUUCUGAUACGUCUGGGGAAGAAAAGGUCGUAAACACACCAGAGGAAGAGACCUCUGAUGCAUGUUUGGAAUUCACUGAUGAAGACUACCUCCUCGCCUCCCCCGUAGUCUUAGGUUUCUCCUUCUCCGAGAAGCAAUGGCUGGAGUUUGCCGUGUCAAGAGUGCACGACAUCAGGUGGAACGAAGAUGCCUGGGACUCAUUGGUAUUGCCAUCAGAGACGGAGGAUUUGAUCCAGGCACUUGUCAAGUCACGCAAACAAAACGCGGCGCAGACAAUCGACGAUGUCAUACAAGGCAAAGGCAAGGGGCUCGUCACUGUGCUUCACGGGCCGCCAGGAACCGGUAAAACGCUUACCGCCGAAGGGAUAAGCGAACUGCUGCGAUGCCCUCUCUACAUGGCUUCGGCAGGCGAGCUCGGGACGGACUCUCGUUUCCUGGAGGCUGAUUUGCAAAAAAUUCUGGACGUUUGCCAUACGUGGGGCGCUAUCUUUCUGCUCGACGAAGCCGACGUGUUCUUGGAGAAGCGAAAUAUGCAGGAUAUACAUCGCAACGCUCUUGUCAGCAUUUUCCUGCGACAGAUGGAAUAUUUUCAGGGCAUAUUAUUUCUUACUACAAACCGUGUCGAGACGUUUGACGAAGCAUUCCAGUCUCGUAUACAUAUCGCGCUCAGAUACGAAGGUUUGGAUAGCAAGGCCAAGAAAACCAUCUUUAAGAUGUUUAUAGAUCGAGUUGAGGCUUUCGGAAAACUGAAGGUGGAGCCGUUUUCCGACGAGGACCUGAAAAAGCUCGCCAAGCACGAACUGAAUGGGCGCGAGAUCAAGAACAUGGUAGGGUCUGCCCAGGACCUGGCAAUGAACAAGAACGAAUCGCUUAGUAUGCGGCAUAUCGAACAAGUUUUGGACGUUCAUGUGAAAUUUGGGCGGGACCUACGCGGCGGAACAGGUUACGAAGACGCAUUGAGGAGCUAUUGCUAG